GACCACUUCCAGUUGCUAUGGAUACGAGUUGCAACCUCCAGAAAGAAUUCGUGGUUUCACCCGGGAAAACAGCUCCCCGGAUUAAACGGAUAGGUUUACACAUACUGAUCCACCCAGCUAUUCAUCUUCUGUUUGCUGCUUUAAUUGGGUGCGGUUAAAAGGCCACGUCCCUAGGCGUUCACCGGCUUUCUUGCCAUCUGCUGCAUGAAAACUGACUUUGCCGAAAAAAUUAACAAAGAAGAUAGCGAAAAUGACAGACCGCGACCGCGUGUAUGUGAUUUUAAGGGUAGUCUUCAACGUCAAGAGAAGAGACCACCAAACAGGCUUUGUGAUAAGAAAAGUACUUCACCUUCAAAUUCAGACACAAAAAUGAAAUCUGAACAACUGCCUCCUUGUGUGAACCCUGGCAAUCCUGUGUUUUCGUGUAUGUUGGAUCCAAAGACACUCCAGACAGCCACCUCACUAUCAAAACCUCAAAUGAUUAUGUAUAAAACCAGUUCAAGUCAUUAUGGUGAAUUUCUACCUAUUCCACAGUUUUUCCCCUGCAAUUAUACUCCAAAGGAGCAAGUAUUUUCAAGCCAUAUCAGAGCAACUGGAUUUUAUCAAAAUAACACUCUAAAUACUGCACCUGACAGAACCAGAACUCUUGAUUUUCCUAAUAUUCAACACACUCUAUGAAAAUAUAUUCCUUUGUAUGUUGAAUAUAUUCCUUUGUAUAUUGAAGAGAAAAUAUACUCGGGAAAAAUGAGUGUUAAAUCUAAGGGUAGAAUACCUAAUAAAGAAGAUAAAAAGUUUUGAAUCAAUUUUUAAAAUAAGUUAAAUAAAGUAUUUCAACUGACAA